CACUGACAAAUCAACAAAAUUGAUUACGAAUGACAUUGUUUUGGAAUGAAAUUAGAAGAAACACCUACAAAAUAUAAUAAUUUCUCCAUGAAAUACACCGUUUUAAGAAAGUAAUUUAUCGCACGAACAAUGUCGGCUGGAACUUAUUAUUUUGUUAUUGUUGGGCAUUCUGACAACCCAAUAUUUGAAAUGGAUUUCAUUCCUGUGACUAAAGAACCAAAGAAGGAGGACAACAGGCAUUUGAAUCAGUUCAUAGCCCAUGCAGCACUUGACCUAGUAGAUGAGCAUAUGUGGAAGGUUACCAACACUUACCUGAAGUCUGUGGACAAGUUCAACCAGUGGUUUGUCUCAGCAUUUGUGACUGCAAGUCAGAUGAGGUUUAUAAUGGUCCAUGAUGCCCGGAACGAAGAUAGUAUAAAGAAUUUCUUCACAGAUGUUUAUGAGGCUUACAUCAAAUUGAUGUUGAAUCCAUUCUACAAAGAAGACACAUUGAUUACAUUGCCUGCUUUUGAGAAGAAGGUUCAAUUUCUGGGUAAAAAGUAUUUAACAUAAGCUAGAUUAUAAGUUACUUAUAUUUAUUUAAUUGAAGAGUAUGCUAAAUAUGUUACAUGGAACAAAAUGUCCUUGAAAGAUUAUUAUGUAUAGCAAAUAAAUAUUAAGUCAUUUCACCAAACUUGUAAUGAGUUCACUUUUUGAAAUGACUAGAACUUUUUAUAUAGGUAAUGCUAGUUGUUAUUUAAUUUUCAUGUAAGUGUAUCAAUGUUAAUUAAAAAGAAAGAUGUACAUACUUAAAAUACUGAAUAAAAUAACUUUUAUUAUAUAAAAUACUUUAUUUCAAUCAAUAUCAGAAAUGUUCUAAAACCUCAUACACAAAUAGCAGUAGAAACUUUGGAGGUGUAAUACUGACUUAUCUACAUCACAAUGUCACAAUAAUAAUGUAGGUUUUUCUGAUGUUAUAACAUGCUCAAUUAUAAGACAGAAUAUAAUCUAUAUUUUAAGAAUAUGCAUGCAGUGCAAGUUGUCUCACAAUAUCUGGUUUACAACCAAAGAGGAUGACUUCAUUCUUGAUCCAAUUCAUGAAAAACUAAGAUGGUUUUAUAUGCAAAAUUAAAUUGCUUUUUUUAACAAUCAAAGACUAUGAAAUCCCCUUUUUUAUACAAUUCAUACAAAAGAUAAUAAAUAAAAGCAUAAUUAUUUCUUCCUUGUAUGCAGAAUGCAGCCAAGUUCGACUUCCUUUCUAGCUAACAUUUAAUGAAUGUAAACAGAGACCUAUUUUAUUGAAAUAUUCUCAAUAUUUAUUCAGAGCUAAUCCUGUUUUGCAUUUUAAUAAUUAGGUACUAACAUCAC